GGGCGGGCGGGGGGAGCAUUCCUGCGCCGCGGGGCCCCGGCGCGCCCGCUCCCGCCGCCCCCCGCCCGCAGGUGCAGGGGGCUGGCACUCGGCAGCUGGAAAGAGCUGGUUGGAGUUUGCACUUUAAGCUCCCGGCGGGGAGGGAGCCGAGGCUGGGAGCUGGUCCGGGCGCCCAGCGCCGCGGGAGGAUGGCGCGGUGGCUGCGGCCCCUGGUAGGAGCCCUGCUCCUGCUCGAGGGGGCGGCCGCCCUCAGCUUCCUCCACCAUCGCUACGAGGAGCUGGUGCAGGCCCUGUUCCGCGUGCAGAGCCAGUGCCCCUACGUCACCCGCAUCUACAGCAUCGGCCGCAGCGUCGAGGGCCGGCACCUCUACGUGCUGGAGUUCAGCGACUACCCGGGCAUCCACGAGCCCCUGGAGCCGGAGUUCAAGUAUGUUGGGAACAUGCAUGGGAACGAGGUGCUGGGCCGUGAGCUGCUGCUGCAGCUCUCUGAGUUCCUGUGCGAGGAGUACCGCCGGGGCAACGAGCGGAUCACGCGCCUCAUCCACGACACGCGCAUCCACAUCAUGCCCUCCAUGAACCCCGACGGGUACGAAGUGGCUGCCAAACAGGGCCCAGACAGCAACGGGUACUUGACAGGGAGGAACAAUGCCAAUGGAGUGGACUUGAACCGCAACUUCCCUGACCUCAACACGCUCAUGUACUACAGCAGGGAAAUCAGCGGGCCAAAUCACCACAUCCCACUGCCUGACAACUGGAAAAGCCAGGUGGAGCCAGAGACAUUGGCUGUGAUCCAGUGGAUCAGCAGCUACAACUUUGUGCUCUCGGCCAAUCUGCACGGUGGAGCAGUGGUGGCAAAUUACCCCUAUGACAAGUCCCAGGAUCAGCGGUUCAGGAGCCACCGGCGCACGGUCAACACGCCUACCCCCGAUGACAAGUUGUUUCAGAAGCUGGCCAAGACCUACUCAUAUGCCCACAGCUGGAUGCACCGGGGCUGGAACUGUGGGGACUACUUUGCUGAUGGCAUCACAAAUGGGGCAUCCUGGUACUCGCUCAGCAAAGGCAUGCAGGACUUCAAUUACCUCUACACCAACUGCUUUGAAAUCACCCUGGAGCUAAGCUGCAAUAAGUUUCCCCCCGAGGAGGACCUGGAGAGGCAGUGGAUGGCCAACCGGGAGGCCCUUGUGGCUUUCAUUGAAGAGGUUCACCAGGGCAUCAAAGGAAUGGUGUCAGAUGAGAACAACAAUGGCAUUCCAGGAGCAGUGAUUUCUGUCCAGGGAAUCAGCCAUGACAUCACUUCUGGUGAUAUGGGAGAUUAUUUCCGGCUGCUGCUGCCUGGCACUUACACUGUCACAGCCUCUGCAGAGGGCUACCAGCCCCUGACAGUCACAACAACAGUGGGCCCAGCUGCACCUUCAUUGGUGCAUUUCCAGCUCAAACAAGAAGUAGUGAGGAAGCCUGUGGAGCGUAAAGCCUCAGGCACACGGAUGAACAACAAAGCCCUUCAGAAGAAGGUGGUGCCAAGAGCCACCCGCCGGGGGACCCAAAGAUGAGGACAGGUCAUUUGGCUGAGAGCUGGGGAAGCCGUUUACAUGAGGCCUGGCUGAUGACUCCAGCCAGUGAACUUUCCAACAGUCCAGCAUGAAACUCACCCAAAUUAUUAAAUAAGGAAGUAUUUAAUCCCUGA